CACCCAACCCCCCACUUUCCCACUCCCCAAGCCCAACGAUCUGCGGCUAAUGAUCCCCAACAGUGUCGAAUUUCGUGUACAUAGUUUAUGGUUAUGGAUUUGCGCACUUGUCAAUUGCAGUUCGAUCAUAGCUAGUACUCGCACUCAGUCUCGUUUUGGAGUCCCAGACAAAGCGAACGUGCAGCUGCAUAAAUACGGAAAACUGUUUGAAAUAGACGGAAUCUCCCCUCAUUAAAGGUGGUUGUAAUAGAUGGGAUAGGCCUGGAGAUCGACUAGGGAAUACUGUUAGUUACUGAAAAAGUAAAGGUUAGGAGUGCUGAUUAUAGCAAGUCAAAUGAACUCCAAACUUAUAUUAUGGAUAAUCUAAUAACAUUCCGCUGAACUCUUAGUUUCUACUAAUUUUUUGACGUGAGUACGAAGUUAUGCUAUGAAUAUAUAAAAUAUAAUAUUUCAGGUACAUAGAAGUACAAUAACUUUUUUGAGCUUUUUAAAAUAUGACGUAUGUACACGUCUAAGCCCCUUUACACCCACCAUAAAUUAGCAUAAGUCUAUUUUUCAACACUAAUUGCCACUAGAUAUUACAAAAUGUUGGCUUUAAGUUCUAUAUAUAAGUAGGUUUUCUCAGCCACUGCAGUCAGUUGAAGUCGGGAUGUCGGCCAGCAGGGCUAUAUUAUUCGCAGUGGGCUUUUUAGGCCUUAUGUUAAGUUUUCUGAGCACUGAAGCUAGGUCAUUGGAGAACACCUCUGUCAAGACGAAACGGGAUACCGACUGGUGGACGCUCCUUGAGGAUAUAAUCUAUGACAGUGAUAGUGAAAGUGAUGAUGUCGACAAUGAGAAUGUUUUGAUUUGUCGUAACUGCACGGUGGUAGUUAACGCCGCGCCGAAUGCUACAUCGGAUGGAAGCACUGCAACUCCCCAGCCAGGUGCAGCGGAUCCAGGAAAUACUCCAGGUUCGCCCGCAACUCCUGCUGGCUCGACUCCAGGAGCUCAAGUCCCAGUUGCACCCGACAUGCCUGCUCCGUCGGCACCUGCAACGGCGUCACAACCUGCAGUAACUGUUCCACCCACUGCUGCCACUCCCACAGCUGCCACACCCACAGCUGCCCCUGGGGCAUAGAUUAACUAACCCUCAUACACGCACACCUUAUAACACCUCUCUAACACUAGCUAUUAAAUGGGAUUUGGUAUACGAUAGCUCUGCCCCUGGGUUAGCAACCCAUCUGUACUAAUAAAGGCGUUCAUUCCGUG